UUCAAUCGGCUAUCAUUUCACAAAAUUCGCCAUAUUGAUGAGUGAUUUUACGAAAAGAGACCGAUUUUCUCGUUUGGCUUGAAAGUUGUGUUGUUAAAUACUAACAAUAUUGUUUUAAGGCAGUCUGAAAUGACGGCUGGUGAAGAGAUAUUAGACAACCGACCCAAACGAAAGUUCGUUUGUGGAGCAGUCGAAGGAUUUUAUGGAAGACCAUGGACCACAGAGCAGAGGAAGAUUCUAUUUGAAUGGUUGAAAAAGAUGAAGAUGAACACAUACAUGUAUGCUCCCAAAGAUGACUGUAAACACAGGGCCUUUUGGCGAGAUCUCUACUCUGUGGAAGAAGCAGAGAAUUUGACCUCCCUGAUUGAAGCAGCCAAGGAGAAUGGUGUUGAGUUUGUAUACGCACUGUCCCCAGGCCUGGAUAUCACAUUCUCAAGUGCCAAAGACGUACAGUUCCUGAAACGCAAACUAGAACAGGUGACAAGUUUUGGCUGUACGGCGUUUGCCUUGCUGUUUGACGACAUAGAACCGGGAUUAAGUGAGACAGACCGUAGCGUGUUUCAGUCUUUUGGAUCAGCCCAAGUAGCUGUCACCAAUGAAGUCUAUCAGCACCUGGGACAACCUCAGUUCUAUUUCUGUCCAACAGAAUAUUGUUCGUCGAGAGCUGUCCCUAACUUGCUGUCAUCAGAUUACUUAAACACUCUAGGAGCCAAACUCCUAAAGGACAUCGACAUCUUGUGGACAGGUCAAAAGGUGAUCUCCAAGAAGCUGACCAUCCAACACUUGCAGGAAGUGUCCUCAGUCAUAAAGCGCCCCCCUGUCAUCUGGGACAACAUCCACGCUAACGACUACGACCCCAGGCGCAUGUUUCUGGGACCCUUUGACGGUCGAUCCCCCGAGAUCAUUCCUUACCUGCGUGGACUACUUACAAACCCUAACUGUGAGUUUGAGGCCAACUAUAUGGCUCUCCACACGCUGGGUCAGUGGAGUACCUCCAACAACGACGGAUUGAAGAAGGACAUCAUUGCAGAUGGUGAACAUCUGAGUCCAGUGGCAUCAGAUAUAAGACUUGAAACAGAGAAUGAUUUUGGUGCUAAUGAGGAUCUGCCCUCUCGCAUCGACAAACGAUACCAGGCCAGGUUGGCACUGAACAUUGCACUGAACGACUGGAUGCAGGAGAUCAACACCAACCGCCAGCCGCCGCGUGUAGUGGCCCCCCUCACAAUCACCGGUCCUCCCAUUCCUAUCCCCCCAGUUCCGGCACCACCCAUGGACAACAGUGCCACUGCAGUGUGUGGGGAAAAUAUGGCAGCCUCUUUCACUGGAAACCAGCCAGUAGUUUCCCAGGGAAACCUUGUGAAUUCCACCAUUCCUUCAGACAGCGAGUCUGAACUUUCUGAAGACCCAGAGCCCAUGGAGUAUGUCCCUACAACUGUGUCCACAUUGGAUGGCUGUAAGGACACCUCCCCGGUGGUUCCUGCUGAGGACGCCAUGCAGGUGGAGACAGAGAUGCCCUCGGUGGUCAUUGACAAAGACUGCUGCAUGACGAACCCCGAAAACUUCACUCGGGAGGACCUUGGUGUGCUGGUAGACUUUUUCUACACGCCGUUUGACCAUGGAAUGACCAGCACGCAAUUGUUACAGGACUUACAUUUCCUAAAGGUCAAUGCUGGGGUGGUGGUCCAGGGUCAGGCGAAGACAAAUCUUGCCGAAGCGACCGCCUGGAUGGAGGCCGCGGAGAAGUUCUUGGCUGUGGUACAGAAAGUGGAUAGGAUGAUCCGACUCCUCCAGAUGAUUCCUAACACUGCUGUUGUUCACGAGUUCUUCUCCUAUCUCUGGGAUCUCCAGGGAUUAAUUCAGCUCUGUGCUUGUUAUGUUCAGUGGCUCAAACUUGGACAAAUCAAAGAAUCUGCUUUACCAAGGCUGUCUGAACCAUCUCCUAAUUCUCCUACAUGGUGUUCAAAAGGGUAUAAAGAACUGUUCCAUAGUGGAGACCAGGAACCCUGGGUAUUUCGGGGCGGAGUUCAGGGCGAGAUCCAACGUUUGUUGCCGAGUGACGGUGCCCAUGACCUUUUCCUGAUGCGACCUCCAGAGGUCCUACUGAAGAAAAUGUACAGCUAUCGGCCAUACCAACUCUCUGAUGAGGCAUCUACUUACAACAUCUGUUUGCGCACAUGUGAUGACGGAAUGGAUGGAACAGAAGUGUUUCCAGACUAUCCCAAUCUUAUUGCUGACAGAAUUAUUGGUGCGAUCGUCUCCCUCAGCCCCGAGUACUGUUUUGUGGUCUGUGAUGACCAGGGAGUCUGUGGAUAUGCACUGGCCUCAUUAAAUGCUGUGGAGCUACGCCAAAAGUCGGAGGUGUCCUGGAUACCAGCCAUGUACCAGAAGUACCCCAAACCCAGCAAGGAGGAGCUGACCCCCAGCGAGGAAGUGAUAAUGAGUUUCCACACUCCCCAGCGCUGCACGCCUCUCUCUGUGACCCAGCGCUAUCCAUCCGUUAUCCGUCUGGAUUUUAUUCCAGCCCGCGUGGAGGACUACAGUGUUCCCAAAAGGCUGCUAGCGUGUGCAGUGAUGGCGCUGAAGACGAGUGGAUCAACAGGAAUCCAUGUAGAGAUGAACGUCGGAGACAAAUGUAUGAUUGACCACUACCAGAGGAUGGGCUUCUUCCCGAUCGUGGACAUCCCUGGGGCUCCCGACGAUGUUGUGUACCUGGGCAGGGCCAUCUAAUAGUCACUGCCCAAUCAGCAUUCCAGACGGAGGACCAUGUGAUGGAUUCGACCAAUAGGAAGUCUGGCCCCCGUCUCUAAAGUGUCCGUGUGACCUCAUUGCUUACCCUGCAUCUCUCUGUACCGUUAUAUCGACCCAGAAGUUAUGAUACAUCUGAUGUUCAUGACUGGUUGCAACACUGUGAUGGAAAUAGAGAGGUGCUUUUAUAAAAGUGCUCAGUUAAUUAUAUUGGAAAAUAUGAAAUAAAUGCUCGAUGUUCUAUUUGUUGUACAAGUCAUUGAUCUAACUCUGCUAAUCUUGGCUGUGAUGUUACAAGUAGUGCAUAUUUUGUGGAUCAUUUAUAAAUAAAAGAAUAAACAUUC